AUGUCAAUGGAAAACACACGCCUACUAGCCAACGACGAAGACUAUUUCGAACCGGAACAGAAUUACUACGCCAUGCUGCGAGCUUGCAAAAACUUAUCAAAGCCAUUUUGGAUGCAGGAUAUUCCUCUAAACAAAUACCCGGCCCGCCAGUAUUCCACCUGCGAUCAAUGCAACACCGACUAUGAGGUUCAAUUGUUUGUAAACCCAUCAGAUGGUCGUAUCACCGUAGUGAUGACGAGAUGGAUCAACCUCGGGGCCGGCCUCAGCCCAGAUGAUCUCCUAUGGAGAAUCAACGCAGGGCGUAUGUGGGGAGAAUCUGAACUUUGGACAUCAGGCUUGGGAGACGGAUACGUGGACUGGAGUCCUCGACGUACAUUUGAAGCCCUUGCCAAUACCUCGCUCGAACAUUUGACUGCUCACAAUCUAUGCUACCUCGAAAACCAGAGAUAUCAGACCGUGACGGUACCGAUCCCCCUCAGUACGCCUCCCUCCUGGGCACUGUGGAAUGGGGCAGCUAUACCUUUGUGA